UUCUCUCACUAAAAGAGAGAGAAAGAGAGAGAGAGAAAGGUGAGGUGUCCCAUGAGUGGGUGAGCUGAAAGCUAGCUACCCAAAAUUGACCCUUUCUUCAUUGUAUUCAUGACAACUCCCAUGUUCCUUUCCUUUUGAACUGCUCUCUGGAGUUAUCUUGGAGGCUCCUUCCUCUCUCUCUCUCUUUCUCUCUGUCUGACACUCUUUCUAUCUGACACUCAAACAAGAUGUUUUACAUUGAUGAGAAAUGGAAGGGGAAAAAAUGAUUGAAAGGAAGGGAUUGAAGGGGAUUAGAGGUAUGAUAGAACAGGAUUGAAUGAUCUUUCCAUACUCGAGCUUUUAGAAUAUAAUUUAUAUGAACUUCAUUGUGAGAGACUUUUUAUUGCAUUUUUCAUGAGAAUUUCAUCAUUAGGAUUUUGAAAAAGGAGCACUGUGGUGAUUAACAUUAGGCAUCUGUAUCAUUAGGGCUGGAGUUUGUUGAAAGGAAACUUUGGGGCAAUGGGGUGUUUCCAAUUCACAAAUGGAGAGAAGAAGGAUGAGCUUCAACCAAAACGAUCGGCUUCAGCUCGGUCAAGUAGUACUACUUCAACAGACCGGGAUAUGAGACGAUCGGGAUCUGAGUUCAAUUCUCAGAAUGUUUCUGAUUUGAGCACCGACUCCAUGGGGAGGUCUCCGUUCCCGAGUUUAGCUCAAAGGCCGAAUAAUCUCAAGAUAUUCACUUUCUCAGAGCUAAAGAGUGCUACGAAGAAUUUCAGUCGAUCACUCAUGCUUGGAGAAGGUGGUUUUGGAUCUGUUUACAGGGGCUCAAUCAGGAGUUCUGAGGAUCCUAAUGCGAGGAUUGAGAUCGCUGUUAAACAGUUGAGCCGUAAAGGAUUACAGGGGCACAAAGAAUGGUUGACUGAAGUGAAUGUUCUUGGAAUAGUUGAGCAUCCAAAUCUUGUGAAAUUAAUCGGCUAUUGUGCUGAAGAUGAUGAAAGAGGGGUGCAACUGCUGCUUAUAUAUGAAUUUAUGCCUAACAGAAGUGUCGAGGAUCAUUUGUCUAUUCGAUCAACCACACAUCUUUCAUGGGCAAGGAGAUUAAGAAUAGCGCUUGAUGCCGCACGCGGUCUAACCUAUCUUCAUGAAGAGAUGGAUUUUCAGAUUAUAUUCCGAGAUUUCAAAACGUCCAACAUUCUCUUGGAUGAAAAUUGGAAUGCUAAGUUGUCGGACUUCGGCUUGGCAAGACAAGGACCAGCUGAAGGAUUAAGCCAUGUAUCAACAGCGGUUGUGGGAACCAUUGGAUAUGCUGCACCUGAAUACAUGCAAACCGGGAGGCUGACCACAAAGAGUGAUAUAUGGAGCUUUGGAGUUGUUCUUUAUGAGCUCAUCACAGGCCGCCGUCCUCUAGACAGAAACCGACCAAGAGGCGAACAGAAACUACUAGAGUGGGUGAAACCAUAUAUUUCUGACAUCAAGAAGUUCCGCAUGAUCAUAGAUCCAAGAAUAGAAACAAACUACUCAUUGAAGUCUGCAAUGAGACUCGCUGCGGUUGCUAACCGUUGUUUGAUGAGGCAACCAAAGACAAGGCCUAAGAUGAGUGAAGUGCUAGAGAUGGUGCAGAGAGUUGUCGAAACUGCAGAAUGCGGAGCUCCGGAGCUACCAAUGACGAUUAAGACUGUUGAUGAUCAAAAAAGUAAUGAGGAGAGGAAAAAGAGGGGAUUGAGUUUGAAGAGAUUGGGCAUGUCGAUGGUUCCGAAAAGAAGUGGAGAAUCAAAGAUGAGUGAUGGGAGAAGACUUGUUUGGCAUGGGUGGACUCCAAAGCUUGUGAAGAUAAAUUGAGAAAGAACAAACAUUUUCUGAAAAAAAGAAAGAAAAGAAAAAGAAAAUUGCAGCAUGCUGAGUUUUCACUAAGAAGAAACAAUGGAGAAAGAAAAAGGUUAAUUGGAGUAUAAUAACUUUUUUUUUUUUUUGCUUUGUGAUAAUCUGUAAAAUAACUGCAUUAUGUGUCUUUUUUGUUUUUACCAAAUUACACAUGUAUAUUGAUUGCAGCAGAAAUUGUGUUACAAGUUUGAAGCAUUUAGGGGAAAAAGUUUUGUGAAACCUUAAUAGGAUUACUGAUGAUGUGGGAAUUAUCUGUAAAUGAUCACUGUGAAAUUGUGAAUUUAUGAUUUACU